AUGUCUGGCUACCCAGGACAGCACGGCUACGGUGGCGGCGGCGGUGGCUAUGGUGGAGGAGGCUAUGGCGGCGGACACCACCAGCAGGGAGGUUAUGGAGGUCACCAAGGAGGAGGCGGCGGCGGCUAUGGCGGAUACCAACCUCCCCCCGGCCCCCCUCCCUCGCACCACGGAGGCUACGGCGGCGGCGGUGGCGGCGGCUACAACCCGCCUCCCGGUCCGCCUCCGGGUCAGGGUGGCUACGGCUAUAACCAGGCACCGCCCAACCCGCACCCGGACCAGGGCUACAUUGGAAGGUAUGCACCCCCUUCCCAUCCUCCGCCUCCGGGCCUCGACGUAUACGGCUACCCUGUCAAUUCCGGCCACCAGGGAAGACCCCAUAUGCCCACGGUAAACUCCAACGACUGGGCUCACGGCAACCGAAACGCGCCCCCUCCCCCGCCUUCAGGCGCUCAGCAGUUCGGCCACGGCGCUCCCGAUGGCUACAGCUUUCAGUAUUCCACCUGUCAGGGUAAGAGGAAAGCCCUCCUCAUCGGCAUCAACUACUUUGGCCAGGAUGGUGAGCUGCGCGGCUGCAUCAACGACGUCAAGAACCUGUCGGCCUUCCUGGUAGAAAAGUACGGCUACAAGCGUGAAGACAUGGUCAUCCUCACCGACGAUCAGCAGCAGGCCAUGGGCCAGCCCACGAAGAACAACAUCCUCCGAGCCAUGCACUGGCUCGUUCAGGGCGCACAGCCAAACGACUCCUUGUUCUUCCACUACUCUGGUCACGGCGGCCAGACUGAGGAUCUUGAUGGCGAUGAAGAUGACGGCUACGACGAAGUCAUCUACCCGGUUGAUUACAAGGAAGCCGGUCACAUUGUCGAUGACGAAAUGCAUCUCAUCAUGGUCCGACCCCUUCAGCCCGGCGUGAGACUUACAGCCAUUUUCGACUCAUGCCACUCUGGUUCCGCCCUCGACCUGCCUUACAUCUACUCCACCAAGGGCGUUCUCAAGGAGCCCAAUCUGGCCAAGGAGGCUGGUCAGGGACUGCUCAAGGCAUUCACGGCUUACACCUCGGGCGACCUAGGUGGUGUCGCGAGCUCCAUCUUCAGCUUCGGCAAGCGCGCCAUUGCCGGCGACGAUGCCUACGAAAAGACCAAGGACACGCGUACCUCUCCCGCCGACGUCAUCAUGUGGUCCGGCAGCAAGGACAGUCAGACAUCUGCCGACGCUACCAUUGCGAACCAAGCCACGGGAGCCAUGUCGUACGCUUUCAUCACUGCUCUUAAGAAGAAUCCCCAGCAAAGCUACGUCGAGCUGCUCAACAGCAUUCGUGAGGUCCUGGAGGAGAAGUACACCCAGCUGCCUCAACUUUCAAGCAGUCACCCCAUCGACACGGAUCUUCUCUAUGUGAUGUAA